CGCAUCGCCCAUCAACUUCAGCGCAUUUAUGACUUUACAGCCCGGCCCUCCAGUUCAUUUAGACAGCCUUGGCUUUGAGCGGACGGCCAUGUGCUUCCUGACACGCUGAAUUAUUCUGAAUCAUUUCACUUAAGGGCCCAGAUGCUACCUGUCUGUAGCCCUCCACCGAGAGGGCAAUUAAGGCAGCCUGGUGCCUGCUAAAUGCCCCCCUGCUUCUGCAUGAGCGGAUGCAUCUCCUUAUCUGUCAUGAUGUCGUGUGCACCUCGCCCCCUUCAUGCCCACAUACAUCAGCACAUUUGUGGCCACCGCCUCUUUUUUUUUUUUUUUUUUGCUGUCACUCUUCUCAGAGCUGAGUGCGAACAUGACAAAGGGAGAUACCUUGCACCACAGCAGCUCUUUUACCAGCUUGGAAACGGAUAUUCCUGCCACAAAUAGAGAGGAUUCGAGGAGGAUAAUUCACCAAACUGUUUGUCGAAUAAGUUGUUCCCUGUCAGACUGAGUUUGCGUAAAGAUUCGUCCUUGUCAUGGUAAACUGGAGGCAGCGCUACCUACUUCUUGGACUCCCAUCCUAAACAAAAGAGAUGGCUGUGGCCUACAAAGAUUGCUUCGCUGUCUUCAUCUACACCUUCACCUUUCUGCUCGGCCUUCCCGCCAACCUGCUUGUCCUGUUUGUGUACGUGCGCAAGGCCCGCAAGCAUGGUGCCACACCCAACGUGGUCUACGCCCUCAACCUGUGCGUGUCCAACCUGAUGCUUGUGGCCUGGCUGCCCGUCAAGGCGAUGGAGACUUUGCUUAAGGUCUGGAGGCUGCCAGCACCCGUCUGCCUCGUCUACAGCUUCUUCCUCUUUUCCUCACUGUACGGCAGCUGUCUCUUCAUCACAGCUGUGACAGUGGGGCGCUACCUCAGCAUCGCAUUCCCAAUCAUCUACAAGAGGUACCGCUGCGCUCGAUUCUCCUGCUUCGUCAGUGCUGCCUUGUGGGUCUUGGUGGUCCUCCACCUCAGUUUUGCUCUGGUGGCUGAAGGAGGAGGUAACUUUGUCUCCACUAACGGCAACAACUUGGUCUGCUACAACCAGUUCAACGCCUCCCAGCUGCAGGUUUUGCUGCCUCUACGCCUGGAGAUGGCCAUCAUUUUGUUUAUUUUACCUCUUAUCAUAACGUCCUUCUGCACACUACGCUGCGUCACCCUGGUGUGGCACUCAAAUUUACGCCCAGUGGGAAAAAGAAGAGUCCUGACUGUUGCACUCAGCACAUUGGCCGUGUUUGUGGUGUGUUACGCACCCUACAACACCUCGCACAUUGUUGGGUUUGUGCUGGGGGAGAGCGUCGAGUGGAGGACGUACGCUAUGCUGACGAGCGUUUGUAAUGUUUUCUUGGAGCCUGUUGUCAUGCUGAUGCUGUCGCCAGCUGUGUCGAGGGGGAUCAUGGGUAGAAUUUGCGGAAGACAAAGCCAGUUCAGCCGGAUUGAGGGAUUUCGGCAUCGAAUUAGUAGCGCUAAUGGUGUUGCAAAUGUCAAGGCACCACCUUCACUAUCUGAAAAGAGCCAGGCAGGGGCAGAGGUGACAAAAGGAAGUUAGGGGUGAGGUCACCGUAGGUGGAGACUUCCAGUAAACCUGAAAAAUCCAAAAGGAGAAAUAGCAGAGAUGUGGACUCGAGUCAGCUCAAGUGACUGGUUAAAUGACUUGCAACUUGUCGUGAGACUCGACUUGGAGUCAGAGUUAAAGACUUGGGAUUGACUUGCCUUAACUAAAAAAAUACAUUGGACUUGCUUGAGAUUUGGACCAAAUCACUUGGGUUGCACGCCUGAGAAAGAGGAUACAUCAUUCAUGGACAAACUGAUUGAAGCUGUUUGUGUAUGCCCCAGAAAGUCUAGCACCUGCCUUGUUAUCAGAUUCAGUUUACCUUCAGCUAACAGACAAACAGAAUGGCUUCAUCAAAGCUACAUCACACUAUCAUCAGCUCACAACUUCUUUGUUUUCUUCAGAUCAAAUGUUUCUUAAGAAAAAGGAUGAAUUUGAAAUGUAUCCCAUGUUAUAUCAAUAUUUUUGCUGACAAUAAAGUGACACAUUGUGUUUUUUUUCUUGUAUUCACACACUGGGACUAUUAGCAGAACUGGAAACCCAUGUGUUUGGCCAAGGAAACUGCAAACGUGUUCUUUGUCAGACUCCUUAAUUCUCUCUGGAAACAGUGAGCUGUGAGCUUCAUCGUUUGUAAAUGGCUCCAUCUGGUGUCUGUUGGCUUCCCUUUAAAGCUGUAACAAUGGAAUCACUUCACUUCUUCUGAAAAGUGUUUAUAUUCCAGUGGACCUGUGAGCAGAUCUUUCCAACUGCAAAUAUUUUGACUUUCAGCUAAUAAAAUAGUUGUCUAGACUCAGUGAAAUGGAACAGAUGUUUUAUUCAUUGCACAUGUGCUAAGCUACUGAAGAAUAAAGCUUUCACAUCUAUAAGUUUGAGAUUGAUUAUCCAUUUUAAUAUCAUGAUUGUGCAUUAAUUGAUUGGUUGCUGAACAUGUUAAUCACUUUUCUCAGUUUAGUCUGUUUGCUAGUAAAAUGUUCUAUGAUGUUCUUCAAAAUAAAGUGUGAAGUUUACAAGUG